AUGGCACUUAAAGUUUUGGUUCAAGAGAUGGGAAGAUUCAUAGUACGUAAGGAAUCACUUGACAAGCCAUGGGAACGAAGUCAUUUAUGGGGUCAUGAAUCAUUCAAAGUGUUGAAACAAAAAAAGGGUACAGAAAGUGUUUUAGGCCUCACCCUUGACAUGAGAAUGCUUGAGAAAGUGAAUUAUCCACAACGACUUCAUAAAAGGCUAAAGCACUUAAUUGGAUCGCGCAUUGGAACUUUUCUUGAGGAUAGAAUAGAGGAAUCUAAAAUCCAGAUGUAUUAUGAGUUUGGAAUAUUCAGCACAAUUUAUGGAAGCGAAUCAUACGAGUCUUUAUUUGGAGAUGGCGCCCACUUUAAAGAUGAGCAACGAUACUUCAGAGCUCUCUCUCAAAGGAAGUCUAACGUACUGGAGGAUGGCUAAUAUCCCAAAAACCAACAGUCACAAGCUUAUUUCUAGUAUGUUUUUACAUAAAUAAAUAUCCUUCUAGGUGGCAGUUUCUAAGUUUUAUCACUCAAUGGACUUACACUUGUAGCUCAGCCGACCUUUGCUCAUCUCUAUUGCUUUGCCAUUCUAAUCAAGUCCUUUUUUUUUUUAAUAUUUUCCAAUGGAAAUGAAGGUGCUCAUUUUGGUGUUUUGUUGUCCCAAAGAAUUACAUCUUCCAAAGGUUCAUGUCCAAAAAUUUAUCAAUAGUGGGUUGGAUGUAUUUUUUUAUAUGUAUUUAUCUCCUCUGCCAG